AUGACUGAUUGUAAUCCAGUAGAAACGCCUUUAGAUCCGAAUCAACGAUUGACAGUCGAGAUGUGCCCAACGGACGAUGCUGAGCGAAGAGAAAUGAAAAAUAUACCAUAUCAGGAACUUACCGGCAGUCUGCUGUUUUUGGUGCAAGUUAGCCGCCCAGAUAUUUGUUAUGCAGUUUCCGUUCUCAGUCGCUUUAAUAAUAACUAUGGGAGAUGUCACUGGACUGCGGCAAAACGAGUGCUACGCUACUUAAAAGGCACAAUCAAUAAAAAACUUAUAUUCACUGGCAAUCAUGAAGACAUUAAAGGUUUUUGUGAUGCAGAUUGGGCAAGUGACGUUGACGAGCGAAAAUCUAUGUCAGGCUACGUUUUCACUAUGCAGGGAGCUGCAAUUUCAUGGUCAUCAAAAAAACAAAAAACCAUCGCACUCUCCUCCACAGAAGCCGAAUAUAUGUCAUUGGUCUCAGCAGUUCAAGAGGCCAUUUGGUUGAGAAGGUUGGAGAGAGAGCUUCAAAACAACUAUAACAAACCGACUUUAAUUUUUUGUGACAAUAAGAGCGCGAUCCAGUUGGCGAAAAAUGGUGCAUCAUCGGCCAGAACAAAACACAUUGAAAUAAAAGAGAAGUUCGUGGAAGAAAAAAUGGAAAAUGGUAUAAUAGAAAUAAAAUACCCACCAACCAGUCAAAUGAAAGCAGAUGUGCUAACUAAAGCUUUGGACAAAACAAAACAAAAAAUAUUUACAAAAGCAAUGGGCAUUAUAUGA